AUGUGUUUGGGUUUCUUCUCCCCAGUCCCUGGCUCUACCUCUUCUGCCACAAACGUCAGCAUGGUGGUAUCUGCCGACCCUUUGUCCGGCGAGAGGGCAGAGAUGAACAUCCUAGAAAUCAACAAGGAAUUGCGCUCCCAGCUGGCAGAGAGCAAUCAGCAUUUCCGAGACCUCAAAGAGAAAUUCCUUAUAACUCAAGCUACUGCCUACUCCCUGGCCAACCAGCUGAAGAAAUACAAGUGUGAAGAGUACAAAGACAUCAUAGACUCUGUGCUGAGGGAUGAACUGCAGUUCGUGGAGAAGCUGGCAGAGAAGCUCAGGCAAGCUGAGGAGCUCGGGCAAUAUAAAGCCCUGGUUCACUCUCAGGCACGAGAGCUGACCCAGUUACGGGAGAAGUUACAGGAAGGGAGAGAUGCCUCCCGCUCACUGAAUCAGCAUUUCAAGGCCCUCCUCGCUCCUGAUGACCUUGAAAAGUCCCAGGGUCAGGACCUCCGAGAGCAGCUGGCUGAGGGGCGCAGGCUGGCAGAGCACCUUGUUCACAAGCUGAGCCCAGAAAAUGAUGAAGAUGAGGAUGAAGAUGAGAUGGAUGAGGAGGUUGAGAAAGUACAGGAAUCACCUGCCCCCAGGGAGGUGCAGAAGGCUGAAGAAAAGGAAGUCCCUCAGAAUUCACUGGAGGAAUGUGCUGUCACUUGUUCAAAUAGUCACAACCCUUCUAACUCCAACCAGCCUCACAGGAGCACCAAAAUCACAUUUGAGGAAAACAAAGUUGACUCUGCUCUGGUUGUAGAGCGUGAACGCUUUCAUGAUGAAGAGGAGGAAGCUCUAACCAUUCUCCCAGAAAAUCAAAAUGAUCAUGAGGAAGAGGAGGGGAAAGCACCAGUGCCCCCCAGGUAACUGUGGAUUUGUGGGCUGAAGCUGGAGGAUGCUGAACAGAAGGGAGUCCUGUAGGACUUAACAGGGGAAUGUGUUUUGUCUCAUUCUAGACAGCAUGACAUGUCCAACUAUUACCUGCAUAGUGAAGUCUCUUUCCUGGCACUGGAGGAAGAGAAAGUUUGCUCCACUCAGGAUGUUGCCAAGGAUGACUCCAAUUCCAAAUGGGAUGAGACCUCACUUGGCUUCCUAGAUACCAAAUACUGCUGGAAGGAUGCAAAGGAUGAAAGGAUGUCACAAAAAGUAGCUUUUCCACUUGAUGAAAACAACUAAAACAGCAAAGCAAGUUCAAAUCCAAACACAAUACUGCAGGGGUCCUUCACUGAGGAUUGA